UUCCACAGGAACAGGACAGAACAGUUCAAGGAGAGCUUGUGUAAGACGAUGUUGAAAUUUGGUGAAUUUUUCUCAUCUUAUUUUGAUCCUUUGUUAAGGUGGAGAGAAGAACGGCUUACCUUUUCGUCUAAAGCCUCAUUUUUCUUGGAUUCUAACUAACGUGGAUAGAGCUCACCACCUGCUCUAACAUCAGGCUUUAUGCUGAUGAAAGUACGUUAUGACCCUAAUUACAAUCCUCAUUUAUUCCUUUUAUUUGAAGCUCAGUUAAAAAUGCAACACAACCAAAAUAUGGGACUCUGGCACUGCCUACAAAUAACAAAGGAGAAAAUCCUUAGAAACAAGGGAUAUUUGCAAAGGAAAACAAGAGGAGAGUCUGCAACUCUUUCCUCGGGGCUGACGCCGGACCUUUGGGGUUUACAACCGAGCCGAUCUUAGGGAAGGCGGAGGAUCGUGCCCUCGGUGGGAGGUGUGGAGCAGGACCUCCUAGGAAGGAUCCACCGCGAUCGCACCCUUUCAGCGACCGAGAAGGAAAUCAAAUGUGGCCAAGGAUAAUUUUUUUCUGAAGAGUCUCUGAGUUAAAGGAAGAUUUAUAAUGAUAAAGAACAUUUAUGUUUGUGAUAGGUGCAGUCAUUUGGGACAAAGGCAGAUAUCAUCUUUAUUUUGAAACAGACAAUUGAAUGCUCCAUCUCUACAUCUAGUGUCCUAACAUUGGUUCUUUAGAAAAGAUUAUAGCCUCAUUAAUUUUCUUAUGACUUGGGUCAAUAGACUUUGUUAAAAUUCAAUACCAUGGUGAAGAAUGCAUUAAUAUUAAUUGCCCACAUUUUUUAAAAAUAUAUGAAAUAAUAGGAAGCAGGCAGCCAAGAACUAUAGGGUCUCAUAAUGCGAUUUACAAAAUGGAAUUUUGUGAUGUUAGUUCUUGGCAGUGUAAUCUAUAUGGCUGAUUUAAUAGUGGAUAUCUGGGUGUCUGUAAAUUUUUUCUAUGAAGGACAGCAUAUUUUUGGUAUUUUAACAGUGAGCUUUGUGCUCAUUGCAGCAGGGGUGGUCCAAUGUUUUAGUUUUAUAUGGUACAAGGAAGAUUUUCAGAAAACAGGUCAGAAAGGGCUGAGUUGCAGUCUUCUAAUUCAUUGCUUUCAGGGAGGAAUUUUUACAAGGUAUUGGUUUGCUUUGAGAAAGGAAUACUGUUUGGCUUUCCAAUGCAGCAGCUCAAAUGACCUCUCUGGUGUGCCUGCCUUGACACAAGACCCCACAGACUUCUCCACCUCCAAUAGAGAAGACCCACAUCAAAAAGUAAUAAAUGAAGUGGCUGACUUGAGUAUGCUCAGGCUAUUUGAAAUAUACCUGGAGGCCUCCCCACAGCUCAUGAUUCAGCUCUAUGUCCUGAUGGAAUUUGGUCCAGCUGGCUUCAGUCAAGUUGCUGCUGUUGUGAUCUCUUGCUGUGCUAUUUCCUGGUCAACCGUUGAUUAUCACAUCACCCUAAGAAAAUCUUUACCUGAUAAAAAGCUCCUCAAUGGAGCAUGUCCCAGAUUGAUGUACCUCCUAUAUAAGCUAUUAACAUUUGUAUCUUGGGUACUCAGUGUCUCUCUUUUAACUGUGCUAAAUGUUAAUUUGGGCUUAAUUCUGCUGUUUAUCUUUUGGUUGUCAGGCAUAACAUGGGCUUUUAAACAGAAAACUACAUUUUGUACCUCCAAAGGUAUGGAAAUUUUAUACAGAAUAGUUGUUGGAUUCAUUCUUAUUUUUACUUUUUUUAAUGUUAAAGGAGAAAAUACAAAACUCCCUAUGUCUGCUUAUUAUAUUAUGAGGGUGCUGGUCACAUUGGGAAUCUUGGCUAUGUUUUGGUUCUGCAUGCCACCUGACGAACAUCAAUACUUCUUCAGAGCUGUCACCAUCAUCAUAGUUGGGGCUCUUCUGCUUGGAAUUCUUUUUCUUAUUGUUUAUUACACUUCAUUUCACCCCAACAGAAGUGAAGAAAAGAAAGUAUUUGAUGAAUUAGAUGGAAGGACAUCACCAAGAGCCUGUAGAAUAAGACAUUUCCUAAUGCAAUGACUAUAUUCAGUUAUCCAUUUCUGGGAUGUGUUUGAAUAGUUUGUAUUUCAGGGUUUUCAGGAGUUCCCAGGGAGGGGAAUUAACCAUGCUUUGUUUCACUUUGAGAGUUAUGAGGAAGUAAUAGUAAUGUUCUAGUCUAAACCACACUUGGGAGGGGAAGUAUGGUGGAAACAACUUAAUUGUCUAUCCAAGGCCUAGUCAUCACCAGGCACCUACUGCUUAGUCAACCCUGUUGGUCUUAUCCUGGAAGGACUUUCCAACAGAAGUGUUUACAGAAACUGGCAUGUUAUCUUUAGAAUUGUUUACUGUAAGAGUUUGUAUUUCAUAGUAAGUGAAGCUAAUAAAUGUGAAGCA